CCACCACCACCGCCACCAGAGCCACCGCCACUCAUCCGCGCUGGCAGACCUUGGAAACACUGACCUACGCCCUCCUUUGGUGCCUUCACGUUUACUAGAAAGGGGUUAGUGUUCAGCAGAGAGCGGGAGAGGUGGUGAGGAGGGUCUAGAAGGAACGUGAGGAAAGGGAAGGUGGUGAUAACUUGGUGACAACUUAGUGAUAACCUGUCAACUUGUCCCACAUCACCCCGUCCCCAGUGUUAACUCAUCUGAUGGACCAUAUUCUGAAAACACUUCUGCGCAGCACAUUCUCUGCUUUUAAAAGGCUCUACCUCAAUUGACACAGGUUUUUCAGGGUGCUCUUAUGGUCUUAGUGACUGGAGAAACACUCUUGAGAACCCGGCUUAUUAACUCUGUGGCCUUUGAGAAUAGUGGUGGUGAGAGAAUAGAGCGCUUCUGAUUACGGGCCAUACUAGGUCACUCCAUCAGUGUUGCGUCAUCUCCAGGCCACGAGGGACCACUGCAUCCGCUAUUCCAGUGAGUCGCCCUUCUCCUGGUGGAUCUCACAACCUGGCUGCUCAAAGGCAUCCUCUCGCAGGGCAGAUGGGGCUGGGCGGGGAGCUGGUGGCCGUGUGGGAGGUGCCCCUGAGCGACGGUCUUCACAAGGUGGGGUUCGAACAUGGCACCACCACCGGCCGACGCGUGCUUUGGGUGGACGGCAAGGAGAAAGUGCACCACGACUGGAUGUUCAAGCUGGUGGGCUCCGAGGUGUUCAGCAUUGGCAACACUAAGUGCGUCAUCAAGAUUGAGCCUGUGGGUGGGUUCUCCUAUGAAUAUUCUCUCGAGGUGAACGGCAAGAGCUACAAGAAAUUCACGGAGAACCAGAGCAAGAUCCUCAAGACGUGGUUGUUCCCGUUGGAAGGCGCCUUCACCCGCGUGGUGCUGGAGAAAGAUACCCUGGAUGUGUGGGUGAAUGGGAACAAAUUGGACACAGCUGGUGAGUUCGUGGAUGACGGGACGGAGACGCAUUUCGACCUUAGUGGCCACCCAGCCUACAUCCGCGCUGUCAGCAGCGGGAACCGGCGGGAAGGACUCAUCCACAGCCUGGUAGUGGAUGAUGUGGAGAUCCCUGAGGCGGUGGAGUGAAUGGGGAGGAGGACGGAAAUGGUGAGGUGCAGGAAGGAAAAAGAUGUGGACCAUAUUCUGAAACAUUUCUGGCCGCACUUUCACAACACUCAAAAGGCUCUUCAUCACUGCGUCCUUCCCUUCGUAUCCUUCGGAAAUAAGUGCUGUACUGUUGAAUUUUUCCCGUUGACUCCCGGGGAUCGCAUUCUUAAACACUAGGGCGUCUUACAAGCAUCUCAACAACCUCAGCAGCCUCCAGUGGAAGUUAUGGAGAUUUUUAAGGUGUUCUCAUGAUUUUUGUGGUAGUUUAGCAGUAAUUCUGCACCAGUAAUGGGGAAAGCACCAUUGGCAACGCUUUAUUUUACUGUUACCUAUUUAUUUAUUUUCAUUGUGUUCAUAACAACGCGUUUCAAAAUAAGGACCCUGUGUUUCGUGUGGUUGAUUGCUUGACUGAGUGGUGAAGACAGUAUGUACUGGGUGAUGCUAGUGUGGUGGCAGUAGUCAGAGCAGAUGACGAGUGCUGAUUGCAUGCAGUGGUGCUUAGUAUGUUGCAUCAUGUAAUAUUUACUUUAGGCGCGAGGCUGUGUGGAUGUCCGCUGCACUGGUCUACCACAAACAGCCAUUAUAAUGUCAGAGAGAGAGACGCCCUGCCUUCCCCUAACGGCUGUGACUCUGGCUGGCAUUUUUUAGAGCUCUCUUCCUUCACGAUGUCCAUGUUUUUAAAGGCCACUGGGAUGAUUAAGAUGUUAAGACACUGUAAAGGUUUGAGAAUGCGGUCCCAGGGAUUGAGUGGAGGGAACGGGGGAGACGUUGUAGCUGUAGGUAGACGUGCUGUCAAUCUGCUGUAAUGCUGUGUCGCUCUCGAUGUUACAGACAGAAAUAAAACCAACACCUAAA